CCUCUGGUAUGAAGCUCUCCGAGAUGGUCGCGUUAAAGAGCUCGAAGACAAUAAUAUCAUAUAUCACGAGUAUCACACCUUCAACUGAGGUCUUCUGAACCAGAGUACAGGGGCGACUUACUCUCUUUCUCUUCACACACAAUAAAUUAAUAUAAUUUAUUGUGUGUGUUCUGUCAUUCCUUAAGAUAUUGGGACCACGAUUUUGUCUCGAUUACCGUAGAAGUUGCUCUGUUAGUUCUUUCCGACCAUUUCAGCCAUUUACUGGUGUUCCUGUGCACAUUCGAUCAGGUUUUUCCGUUUGUGUAGGAUGUUCAGCUGAGUCAUAGUUGUGCUAGGAGAUCAUGGAAUUCUCGGCACCUUUCCUCGCCGCUUACUGGCCGUACAUUGCCUCGAUUUUGGUUGGCAUCUUCCUUGCUCGGCUUGUUAACAGAAUUUUCCAACCGCAGAGUCCCGGCUACACAGUGGAUGUAGAUCCCUUUGAAGACAAAGAACUGGCCGCCAUACCUCCUGCCGAUCCACUUAGCUAUCGACCGAUCGGUGAAGGCGAAGCCCCUCAUAUACCAUAUCCCUGGUUCGACGAUCGCUUGGAAGAAGAUCAAAUGAAGAAAAUAUCGGCUGAGUUUUACGAGAAGAUGAACCAUCGACGAACAGUCCGAAAAAUGAGCGACGAGGACGUACCUAUUGAAGUCAUUGAAAAUCUCAUUAGAACUGCAGGAACUUCUCCUAGUGGAGCUCAUACAGAACCUUGGACCUUUGUAGUAGUAAGAGACAAAUCCUUGAAGGCUGCAAUCCGGGAAAUUGUGGAAGAAGAAGAAAAACUAAAUUAUGCCAAAAGAAUGGGAGAAAAGUGGGUAAAGGAUCUUGAGUUUGUGAAGACAACUUGGUCCAAGCCAUACCUGAACAGUGCACCAUAUCUUAUUCUUAUUUUCAAACAAGUGUAUGGAUUUAAUGAGGAUGGAAGCAAGAAGACACAUUACUAUAAUGACAUGAGCGUGUGCAUCUCCACUGGCCUUCUUCUUGCCGCCAUUCAGAAUGCAGGUUUAGUCACGGUGACUUCCACACCCAUGAAUGCAGGACCAAGGCUGCGAGAUUUGCUUGAAAGAAAAGUAAAUGAAAAGCUCAUACUGCUGCUUCCAAUUGGUUAUCCAGCCAGAGAUGCAACAGUUCCAGACAUAAAAAGGAAACCACUUCAAGAUAUUAUGGUGUUGAAGUAGAGAGUUGAUAAUGGGGCAAAUAUUGCAUUUGUAGUUACUGCCAAUGGUUCCUCCCUCUCCUUGGAAGAGAUUCUUACAAGAAAUACAACUCUCUAGAAAACUUUUUGUUUGUAUUGUCUUAUAUUGAGGAAAUGUUUUUUCCCUGUAGAGUUACUUAAAAUAUAUUAAAUAACAGCUGUAAUGUGUACACCACUUGCUACAUAAAACACUGGAUCUUUUAGUGGCAACUAAUUUCAUGAGGUACUCCACAGAUCAGAUCAAGUUUGUAGCUGUUUAGCCCUCUUCCUACCAAGAUCAAACUGUCAGUUUUCCACACUGUCUGCUAUACAUCUCGUUUUUUAAUUUACAACACAAUACAUAACUUAUAUACUGAGUGCAACGCUUCUCAAAGAUCCAGCGGCGCUUUACAAUGAUAGUGAUAGAAAUAUAUAAUCAAUUAAGAAUUAAAGUGAAUUAAAAAACUAGUGAAAAAUCAGUGAAAGCAAAAACUACAACUGCCUAAAUAAAUGGGUUUUAAGUUUAGACUUAAAUGUUGUUUAAAGGUCCACUUGCCAAAUACCAUCCAGCAAGGCAUUCCACAGCGUAGGAGCUGUAUGAGAGAAUGCUCUAUAUCCAUAUGUUUUAAGAUUGCAUUUAGGUACCAUUAAGAGUUUUUUCUUAGAUCUUAGGUUUCUAUUAGGAAUGAACAGUCUUAAUAGUUCACUAAGAUAGAGAGGACUCAGACCGUUUUUAAAAUACUUUAAAAAUGAGAAGAAGUAUCUUAAAAUCAAUACGGGGGGACACAGACAGCCAUUGUAGGCUUCUAAGUACAGGUGUAACGCGAUCAUAUCUGCUGGUGGCUGUAAGCAGGUGCGCAGCUGAAUUUUGUACAUGUUGUAUUCUAUUAAUUUGUGACUGCUGUAGGCCAGAUAGAAGAAUGUUACAAUAAUCCAACUUCAACAAAAUAAAGGCAUGAAUAAGUAUUUCACACUGACAGUGUGAAAGAAACUUUCCAAUUUUAGCUAUCUUAUGAAAGUGGAAAAAGGCAAUUUUACAGAUGUUAUUUAUUUGUUCAUCCAUAGAAAGCACACUAUCAAGCCAAACACCAAUGUUCUUGGCAGAUUUACUAGCUUUAAUAAAGUCAACUCUGAUCUUGA